CUCCUCUCCAGAUGGCCCCAGAGCUCCUCAAGCUCAGGGCUUGACUCUGCCCAGCCAGACUGUCGCCAUCUCCCUUCCUUUCCUUUGCCCCCUUCUCCCCGAGUCCUUUUGGCCCAACACUGAUUAGGCCUGCUUGCCUCUGACAGGCAGGUCCUUCUGUCAUUCCUCUGGUGGACCACCCAAUCUGCCGAGCUUGCCCUACUCUCUAGUGAUUCCUCGGCUCCUGGCUCUGUCGUCUCACUGACCUCACUCUUUCCUGGGAAAAUGUUCCUGGUGGGCCUCACGGGGGGCAUCGCCUCAGGGAAGAGCUCGGUGAUCCAGGUGUUCCAGCAGCUGGGCUGUGCGGUGAUUGACGCUGAUGUCAUUGCCCGGCAUGUUGUCCGACCAGGAUGCCCCGCCCACCAGCGCAUCGUGGAGGCCUUUGGCACCGAAGUCUUGUUGGAGAACGGCAAUAUCAAUCGCGAGGUCCUGGGAGACAUGAUCUUUAACAAGCCUGACCGGCGGCAGCUGCUCAAUACCAUCACCCACCCUGAGAUCUGCAAGGAAAUGGUGAAGGAGACUUUCAAGUUCUUCCUCCGGGGAUACCGCUAUGUGAUUCUGGAUAUCCCCCUGCUGUUUGAGACCAAGAAGCUCCUCAAGUACAUGAAGCACACAGUGGUGGUAUACUGCGACCGGGACACGCAGCUGGCACGGCUGAUGCAGCGGAACAGCCUGAACUGCAAGGACGCAGAGGCCCGCAUCGAGGCCCAGCUGCCCCUGAAGGACAAGGCCUGCAUGGCCAACCACAUUCUAGACAACUCAGGCGAGUGGAGUAUCACCAAACGCCAGGUCAUCCUCUUGCAUGCUGAGCUGGAGCGCUCCCUGGAGUACCUGCCGCUGAGGCUCGGGGUCCUCACAGGUCUGGCUGGCAUUGUCAGCCUCCUCUACCUUCUCACCCACUACCUUCUGCCUUCUCUGUAGCUGGGCACUUCAAGGCAGGAAACCCAGGCCUCCCUCUCCUUGGAGGCUGAAGUCAGGUAACGCAUCCUGUUUCUUCUCAACCCCCUCAACACACACGUACGCACACACUUUGAACCUGGGCUGGGCUCCUGCACUGGGCCAGUCCUUCUUUGGAGUGCAUCUUGUCUGAGGCAGAGAAACAGCCUGCUGGCAGUAGGCACUCCUUCUCACUUGCCCCUCCCUCCUCUGUUACCACCUACAGAACAGUAUCAUGAUGGUGCAUCAAAGCUUCAGUCAGAGACUUAAAUUUCUGUUGGGUGAGGGUAGGGAACACUGUCUCUGUGGUCCUCACCAGUGUUUAGAGCUGGGAGGCCAAGGGUUCUCUGGGCUUGAACCCUGUUCAAGCAUGUGCCCCAUCACGGCCAACACCUCCUUAUUGGAACACUGGAAAUCAUUUUGGACCAAGGAUUUCCACCUUCGAACAGGGUUCUCCCUUGGUGGAAGCCCUUGUCCAGGAUGCAGUGAGGAUUCUCUCAUGGGUACUGCUGUAGCCAGGCAGAGGCUGGGAGAUCCACCAUCCCACCAUGGGGUUUCUCCAGUGCUCUCCCUACCCUGUUCAACACCUCCCACCACUCUCUGCCUCCUACUCCGUGGACUCCUAGCCCUGAACUCUUGGUACUCCACGUGUACCAUGCUGUUUCUCACCUCUGUGCCUUCUGCUCCCCACCCUGGAGCCUGGAAUACCUUUUCUUUCUCUCCCCCGCUCCUCCAACUGGCUAACUCUCAGUUCAGGCAUUGUCUGAAGCCCCAGGCUGGAGUUAGGUGCUCUGCCACCACCCCUACAUUUUACCUUAAUCCACAGUAUAGAAAUCAGCCAAAAGCUAGUUGGCUUCUCCUACUAGACUGUAAGCCCUUUAAGGGCAGGGACAGUGUUUUAAUCAUCUCGAUGUUCCUAGUGCAGAGCCCAGCUCGCUGUUGGUGCUUAAUAAAGUGUGUUGAUCUGAAAUGUCCUGGACAAACCAA